AUGCUACGGCUGAGGAAGCAUGAGAGCCCUGGUCCUAAGAUCCUACUGGAUGUGUCGUCUGAGAAAGUGAUACCGCUGUCCCAGAAGAUAAAGGAACUGAACGGCCAGUACAUUGGUUCAAAGUUUUUCGAGAAGAAUGCAACACAUCUGAUAACUGAUAUCAUCAAGUGUAACGAGAAAUUUCUAGGAGCUUGUGUGCGAGGUUUAUGGGUUCUGCCUCCAGAGUACAUUGAAGACAGCUAUGAAGUUGGGAUUUGGCUGAAGGAGGAAGAUUAUGACCACAAGUUUGACCACAAGUCCCAUAGUUUAGUUGGUGCUGCCAGACGCUGGCGGAGGAGGAUAUCGAAGCAUGCGGAGCAGCCUUUCACUGGAUGGCAUGUUGCACUCUUGUUGACCGCUAACUCAGAAGAUUAUAAGAAGUUGUUAAUCUUCGGAGGAGCUCAAGUCCACAAGUUAUCAUUGCCGCUGCGUGCUGAUAAUAAUAUUGAACAAAUUUCUUACGUCUUCACGGACCAGUUUUACGGGGACCAUGUUCGAACAUUACCGGACUAUGGGCUUAUAUGUCUUCACUAUACGUUCAUAGUGGACACUAUUAUCAAGGACGAAGAGCCUGACAUACUAGAGUACAAGGUCACAGAGGACACUGACACCAGUCGUUUUCCACUGGGUAGCCUCUCUUGUGUUGCAGGCCAAAAAUCAGUAUGGGUUUGUGACAUUAGCCAAAACAGUGAAACUAAUAUACAGACAAUUAAAGUCAUGGAUGGUGUCUACAGUGUUGUUGAUUUGACUGGCGAAUUACCCGUGGAAAAUCCUGACAUCAGAACCUCAAAAUCUAAAGCUUCUAAAGUGACACAAUUGGCCGUCAUAUCAUCUUCAUGUAAUUCUCAUAACACAUCUGGAUCUGUAAAUACUGCAGCUAAAGGUGGCCUUUUGAGAGUAGGAAAUGACGAUGCACAUUUGAAAAAUGUAACUAACUUAUGCAGAAAAAAGAAUGCAUUAACUGAAUCCAAAGAUAUCAUGAAAAGUGGAUCCCAAAGAACCUGUGACAUUUUUAAAGUAAAUGUACAGAAGAAUGCAUUGAAGGAGUUAAAUUACCCUUCACAAAGGCAGAAAAUACAUGAAGUCAGUUAUAAUGAAAGCACGGUAUCCUCAACUGGGAAAUACCCUGAUGGUAUAUUAAUAGAUAAUGCGCAUUUUAAGACACAACACAGUAUACCAGAGACCAUGAAAAAAUGUAUCAAAUUUCACGAAGAUUCAUAUACAGAAAGUGCCGUUUCAUCUUCCUCAGUCAAGCAGCCCAAUCAGCAGACCACAAUAAAGAAUUUAGAAGGGCAAGGGAGCCAAAGGAAGUCCUCCAGUAUUAACAGCAGUUUAUCAUCUAACACGGACUUAGCUCACCGGACUAAACACACACAGCGAGGACUGGCCAAGAGGACAGCAUUAGAUACCAUUUUAUCACAAUCCACAGUCAGAGAAUGUUCUGAGUGCCCGUCUGGUAAUAAAGAGACAGAAUUCUCCAUGGCAGUUGAAUGUGCACAGUCUAGUGUUAAUGUUUGUAUUGAAAUGAGUAAUCCAUCAUUGUGGUCUCAGUUAUCCAGUCCUGAGUCAUCCCACCAGACUGCCAAACACACGCAGCAAGGCUUGGCCAAAAGAAAAUCUGUAGAUGGCAGUGAUUCACAUAAUUCUUCCCAAGAAUGUGGCAGCUCUGACAGGUCUUUGUUUGAAUCAUUUCAUCAGUUGUUAGGUGACACAAUAUCAGAGCCCAGCUGCUCAGAUGGUAUUCACUUAAACAGUGUUCUUGAAAGUGGCACAGGUUCGAGUUCAGAGUUAUCUGCGUCUGCUGACAUACAUACAGUUUCCACGGUCAAUAACAGUUUUGGUGAUAUGUUUAGAAAAGUGAAUGUUCUGGAAAACACAGCUGCAGCUGCAGAAAGUCUUAGUUGUGAUUACACGGAUCUCCCCACUCCACCAUCUGUUGUUUGUCAUUCAGAUGUAGAUGUCGCUGAGCUACCUACUGCUGUCGUUAUAGGUAGUGAAGCAGUUAGGGGUGAACUGUCACCGGCUUGUAAUCCUAGCGUUGCAAAGGAGUGUGUGCUAAUUGAAGUUCAGCAGCAUGCGCAAAUCCAGGGGAAGAUCUGUAACCAUAAUCUCUUGGAACCAAGUACUUCUGCACAGUCUUCAGAAUCAUUUCCUAUUUGGCCUCUGACGUACUGGUUGCCAUAUAAUACAGAUCCUUCACAGUGCCAGUCCUUUCUGCCUGUGUUAUAUGGUCAGUGCAUGGAGUCUUCAAGAGACAUGGGUUUCUUUGAUCAAGCUAUUUCUCAUGCCAGACCAACACAGAGCAGAUUACCAACCAGUUUGAUGUUGUCAGAACUCGUACAGCUAGCCCGUUCUACAGAUGGGGAUGUGUGUCCUCAAGCAGUAAACUAUCUCUACUCCUGGCUAGAACUGCACCCCCCUCUAACCCCGUUAACUGUUAGACUUUAUACUGAAGCCUUUGAACUUUCCUCAGAGAGUUCGGUCCUGUUUGAGAUUCUCAGAGAUAUCAUGGAUGACUCAAAACAAAGCUCAGCAAGUUUGCUGUUGGAAUAUUUUAUCUCAGUGUUUGAAAUAAAUUUUGAUUUCUCUCUAAAAAGCAGGGACAAAUCUGUUCUACAGAAAUGUCUUAUUGUUAAGUGGCUGUGGAGAGACUCAAUUACCAUUGUCCGUGGUAGAACUGUCCCCCGUCUGCUGGAAAUGUUUGAAUAUAUAAUUGCAGCACCACUCCUGAACUACAGGGCUUGUAAUGCUGCUUGUGCUUUGUUGAGCUUAGCCUGUGAAUGUCUUCGAUUGGCCAAUAUCCAAUGGGACCAUCAGAACCCAAAAUUUCUCAAAGAAUUCGUUCCUCCUUUCCAGCCUGGAGACAAAGCUAGAAGUACACUUGUCAACAUGCUGAGGCCUGCCUGGCUGAAGUUAUUAGUGGCAGCCAAAUUGUUAUCUUAUUAUAAUAACUAUCUUCUAGCAGACCCAAUUCAUGUCAGCUGCAUAUCAAUGAAGAGCAUAGUGUCACAAUUCUUGUUAUUAGUACCACUGGAGUCCAGUGGAGAGUCGGAGGCACACAACCAUGGACAUUUUGAUGGACAAACAUCAAAAAAAUCAGAAGAAAUACUUGAUGUUAGAAAACCCAAGGGACAGAGGGGGGUUUUGACAGCUGGAAAAGUGAAUAAGCGAAAUGGGAAAGGUGAAUCUUCUAUUCACAUAGCCUGUAUGAAAAACAAAACUGAAGAGCUGGCCAAACUCCUGCAGGUACCAGGGGCAGAUAUAAACCUACGGGACUAUAGCGGGUGGACUCCCUUGCACGAAGCUUGCCAUCAUGGCAAUGUGGCUUGUGUGGAGCUUUUAUUAAAACAUGUGUCUAGGGCACCUGGUGGGGCUUCAGCUAGUCCGGAGCAAACAUCUAGCAAAGUGGAAAUUGAUGCACAAGGACCUGAUGGUUUCACCCCUUUGCAUGAUGCUGUCUGCAACAAUAAGAUUGAGGUUUGCAAACUUCUGUUGCGUUAUGGAGGUCAGAAACUUCUCAAAACCAAAACUCAUAACAACCUGACAGCCAUAGGCCUUGCCAGAUCAGAUGAAAUGAAGGCUGUUCUCAGCGGUUCUUCUCAAGAAUCUUCCCUCUUUGAUCUGAGCAUUUCUCAGGAUUUGGAUGAUCCUGCGAUGAUCAGUGAUGAAGUGAAAGACAUAGCUCCACUCACUCAGAGAUACAAAGAAGUCACCGGGACAGACUGUAGACACAUGGCAAGUCGAAGCAGCUGUGAAGAAUUCUUGAUGUUUCUGACAGUCUUAAUCUCGUCUUACUACAACAUUUUGGGAUCACUAGAAGAAAGUGGUCUGCUAGAUCCCGCGGAGAAAAAUGUGUUAGAAAACAUGAACAUGCAUCUGAGGUUGUUUAGGAGGCAUCUGAGGAAACUGACCAGACCAGAAGACUUUGACAAGCUUCAGUUUCGUUUGGAGUGUUUUGAAUCCUUGUGUAUCUAUAAACCAGGAAGUGUGUACUUUUAA